AUGUCAGCGGAGGAGCUGCGCGCAGAGAUCGAGACCACGAAAGCCCGGGUGCAGGCGGCGGUCGCAAGGAAGAAGGAACUCCAAGAGGCCACAGCCGAAGCUCUCGAGCGGCAAAGGCUGCGCCGAGAGCUAGAAGUCCAGAGGAUGAUUCUCACUGAGGAGCUGGACGACAACCAAGAAGAGGAGCAGUAUAGAAGACAUAUCGAUGAAGACCUUGAAGGAGAGCAUCUUGUCACAGGCCCGUCUGGCCCGGUCCCACUUACAGGUCCUCUGAAGGAAAAGUGCCCUUUGCGUACAUUCGGUGAGGAGUGUGCCAGUUUCGGCCACGAGGUUGCCAAAGGGGAGUACAUUUGGAAGCUUACUCAAAUGUCUUGGCUCCGAACUGCCAUUGAGCAUAAAUGUACUGCCUGCCCCGAAUCUGAAUUCUUUCAGGUGGGGUCAUACAAGUUCCUCUUUAUCUACAAUCCCAACGGCGGCUUCAUCGGGUUUGACCAGGCAACGGGGCAGAGUCAGCAUGGUUGCGUUGCCAUAAUGCCGCACUACACAACCGAUGCCUUCACCUUUCGCUACAGCAUCUAUGCCAAGACUCAUGGUGGAGACUUCGUGCAAUGGGGCAAGACAAGCGAAGAAUUCAAAAAAAGUUCGAUGUGCAAAUCAUAUGGACCGGACGUGCAUCCAGAAAGUUCUCCUCCUGCGGCAGUUGGACUCUUCGGCCUGUCCCAUGAACAGCUGUUGCAAUCGAAGUGGGUGCAAGACGACGCUUUGACUUUGAAGUUUGUUUUGGAAGUCUUGCCUCAGCGAGCAUAUUCCUCACAGCUUUGUGCCAGAUCUGCUGUGGAUGUUCCAGAACCGACCCUGUGUCAUGACACACAGGCUCUACUCAAGGAAGCUAGUUGCAGCGACGUGGAUUUCAGGCUACAGGGUGAAGUUAUUCACGCGCACUCCCAAGUUCUCUGCGCGAGAUCGGAGGUGCUCAAGAAGCAGCUGACUUCAGGCAUGCAGGAGUCCGUGUCCAAGGUCAUCACGAUUGAGGAUUGUGCCGCGGCCACCUUCAAAGCCUUCUUAAAUUUCUUGUACACCGACAAGCUUCCGUCAGUCGAGGACCUGGCAGCAGAGCCAUCGAGCCAUGCCGUGAAACAAGACGGAAGCCGGCGUCCUUCACCGAUGGAGGCAUUAUGGGCGGUCAGUCACAAGUACCAGGUGGAACGGCUUCAACGGUGGUGCGAAGCACAGCUUUGCAAACAGCUCAGCGCAGAGCAGGUCUGCAGCGUCCUUCGCCAGGCACAUGUUUUCGAGGCCGCGCAGCUCGAGAGGGCUUGCCUCUCCUACAUCAAAGACCACGCUACGGAGGUUCUCAAGCUUCAGGCCUAUGCUGACCUCAUCAGCACAUGGCCUGAGCUUGCAAUCAAAAUUCACCUGUUCUCAACUGGCGUGCCAGAUGCCGAGGCAGCUGCAAUCGUGCAGGCCCGCAAGGUGCGUAGGUGGGGCCGCUACGAGCGCGCGAGGGCUUGGGGCACGCGGCCGGAUUCCAUCGAGUCCCUUUUCUGCGAGAGUGGCUUCCUUGAGCGUGUGGCGAUGCCCUACGCUCCUCGCGGCUUGGAGCUGCACUGCAAGAGGCCCUUCACCUACGAGUUGUCUCUCGGGCGGUGGAUGGUAUUGAGCCACGACACGUUGCGAAACCUCGUCAUGUGGAGAGCCAUCCGUCAUCAGUUCAUCUUCGGGGAGAACUCAAAGGCGAGAAGUGGACAGAUCGCUUGCCCGCGCCAGUUCAGCUUCGAGUCUUACCUGCGGGAACGACUGGGUCGCAUUGUCGUCCAUGUGGUGGAGGUUGACAUGUACAUUUGGCUUGCGACCCUCUUGACGCUUACCCCAAUGUUGUAUGUUUGCAUCCACUUGGACUUUUAUGCCGUGAACGAGCUUCUUUGCUUCCUGGCCUACUUCCUCCUCGGCAUCGGUGUUUUUGUCGGCUACCUCCUUGAAAAGGACACGCUCGCCCUCACGCCCACUUUGCCGGAAGACGCGAGGCAGAUCCUCGUGCUCUUCUCCGGAACCAGCACCUACAUGCUCAUGAAGCAUUACGACAUGACCUCCACAAUCUGUGCUGAACUCAAGUUUGGUGCUCCCGGCCUCUGCAACAUUGACAUCGACAAUGUGGAGCUUGGGAAGGCACCAGCAUCCAGCUUUCAGCGGGCGAGCAUGACGACGGAGCACUACGCUUUCAUUUUCGAGUUUCUCGCUUGGUGGCAGGCCAUCUUAGUCACGUGCCUGGUCCUGUUUUACCUCAGUGUGCCGCUCACCUCUUGGACGGAGAUUGUACUCUAUGCCCUUGCGUGGGCAGAAUGGCCGCUGAUGCUCUUCGGCGUCAUGCCUGUUCUGCUGGAAAGGCUUACGAUUCGAAGCUCCAUCGGGGAUGAGACGGACAAUCAGCUGGUUCGCCAGGUCUCGCUCGAGACGAAAUCGAUGCUCCUAAGGUACCAUAUCCGGCUGGCGCAGCUCAUGGGCUAUGAGAAACGUCUCAAGAAGCAGCAGCUAGUUGAGCGGCAUCGUGUCCCCCCGAAGCAGGUGCACAAUGCAACUCGCCUCAUCCGUGCAGCCACCGAGUCGCUUACCGAUGAAGAUGAAGCUCAAAACCAGAACUGGUUGAUGCCCCACGGUGCAUCAGCGCCGGCGAUGCACCUGAUGCCCCACGGCAUUUCGGCGAUGGACAUGCAGCCACCAUCCCCAAGGCCGGGUGACUCCUCCCCAAGACCAGGUGGUGCCAUGCACCGCGCUGUUCGCAAGGUGAACAUGAUCACACGCCGCUGGGACGCGUCGUGGGUGUAG